AUGUCAAGGAACAAUGAUCCGCCUGUGUACACCCUCGCGGAGGGGCGACCAGUGCAAGACCCGACCGCCUCGAUGGUCCUCCUCGGCGAUGCCGGGAAGGUCAAGGGUGGUGGCCUCGCACUCCUCGCAGACACGCAGUUGAUCGAGGCGCUCGCACACUUUCCCCGAGAGCGAAUCCCCGAACGUGUCGUCCACGCAAAGGCUGCCGGCGCAUGGGGUGAAUUCGAGUGCACAAAGGACAUCACAGACUGGUGCUCCGCCGCCAUCUUCAGCAGCGUCGGCAAGAAGACCGAGGUCCUCGCUCGUAUCUCCACCGUUGCCGGCGAACGCGGGUCCUCCGAUACCCUCCGCGACAUCCGCGGUUUCGCCGUCAAGUUCAAGACCGAGGAAGGCAACUACGACAUCGUCGGUAAUGACCUCCCUGUUUUCUUCAUCCGCGACCCGGCAAAAUUCCCCUCGCUUAACCGCUCCCAUAAGCGACACCCCCAGAGCGGCGUUGCGGAUGCCAGCAUGUUUUGGGAUUUCCACAACCAUAAUCAGGAGGGUGUUCAUUGUUUAAUGCAACUCUUCGGACCGCGCGGUGUGCCCAAGUCCCUUCGCAACGUAAACGCCUUUGGCAACCACACUUUCAAGUUCGGCAAGCCCGAGGACGGAUCGUUCAGAUACGUCAAAAUCCACUUCAAGCCCGUCGACGGUAUCAAGAACCUGACCGAAGAGGAGGCCGUCAAACUCGCGGGCACCGAACCGGAUUACCACAUCAAGGACAUGUACAACUCCAUCGAGCGCGGUGACUUUCCUCAGUGGAAGAUGAUGCUCCAAGUCAUGACCCCCAAAGAAGCCGAAACCUUCCGCUAUAACAUCUUCGACAUCACAAAAGUCUGGCCCCACUCCGAAUACCCCCUCCAAGAAGUCGGAAUCCUCACCCUCAAUCGCAACGCAGACAACUACUUUGCCGAAAUCGAGCAAGCCGCGUUCUCCCCCUCCACGCUCAUUCCCGGAAUCGCACCCUCGGCGGACUUGAUGUUGCAUGCACGUAUGUUCUCAUACCCAGACGCAGCCCGUUACAGGGUCGGACCAAACUACCAACAACUCCCCUGCAACGCCGCCAAAAACGUUUACUCCCCCUACCAGCGCGACGGCCCUAUGCGCCUCGACGGCAACUACGGCGCGGACCCCGACUACGUCCGUUCCUCCUUCCGCACGAUCCGCUGCGGUCCCGCCGACGUCGCGCACUCCGAAUGGGUCGGGCGGGUCCAAUCCUACUCCUCCGACGUCGAACCCAUCGAUUGGGAACAACCCCGCGCGCUCUGGGCCCUGUUUAAGAAGAAUGGCGAAGAUGAGGUCUUUGUAAGGAAUUUGGCGGGACAUGUUAAUAAGGCGUUGCCGGAGGUGCAGAAGGGGACGGUGGAGAUGUUUGCGAAGGUUGAUGGGGAGAUUGGGAGGAGACUUGGGGAGGCGUUGGAGAUGUUGGGUGAGAAUGUGGAUCAUAGGAAGGCGCCGCCUAGUCAGACUGUCUUGGAUAGGAAUCGCAGGUAG